UAGAGCUGGGCGUGGGCUCGACACUCCUCAUCCCCUCUGCUCUCUGUGGAAGCACAUUGUUCAACGCGGGCUCAUUUUACCCAGAACCAAUGAAUGCCUUGGUGCAUUUUAGCUACUGAAAAUUAAACACGUUAUCGGAUAGAAUAAGGUGCAGAUAUCUGAAGACGACGGGAAACGGACCAAGAACAUUUUGUUUUCUCCUCAUUACAGCGGAGAGGCAAAGGCGUUGAAAGAUUUUUUCUUCUCCGGUAGACGAAACGUCGCUCUUGUCGCUAAUUAGACCUCUGCUUGUUCUGCGGUGUGUGUGUGUGUGUGUGUGUGUGUGUGUGUGUGUGUGUGUGUGUGCGCGUGCGUGGUAAGCAGAAACGGCAAAGAUGACGGAGUAUAAGCUGGUGGUGGUGGGAGCUGGAGGCGUGGGCAAGAGUGCACUCACCAUCCAGCUCAUCCAGAACCACUUUGUGGAUGAAUAUGACCCCACCAUAGAGGACUCUUACAGGAAACAGGUUGUGAUUGACGGAGAGACCUGUCUGCUGGACAUCUUGGACACUGCAGGUCAGGAGGAGUACAGCGCCAUGAGGGAUCAGUACAUGAGGACAGGGGAAGGUUUCCUCUGUGUCUUCGCCAUCAACAACACCAAGUCUUUUGAGGACAUUCACCAGUACAGAGAACAGAUUAAACGUGUAAAGGACUCUGACGAUGUUCCCAUGGUGCUUGUGGGAAACAAAUGUGAUCUCCCGGCACGUACGGUGGACACGAGGCAAGCCCAGGAACUUGCCCGCUCUUACGGCAUACCUUACAUCGAGACCUCUGCCAAAACACGACAGGGAGUAGAGGACGCCUUCUACACGCUGGUUAGGGAGAUCAGACAGCAUAAGCUGAGGAAGCUGAACCCACCUGAUGAGAGCGGUCAGGACUGUAUGAGCUGUCGCUGUGUGGUAUCGUGAUGCAGUUGACUGUUGCACGUUGAGGAGAAAUGCUACAGCGCGUAGUGGCAGCAUGGACUUAAAGAUAGAAAGAUAAAAACAACUCAAUGAUGAAACAUAAACUUUUUUCAAAAAGAGGAUGAUUGAAGCAAAAGCUCUCAAGGAAACCACCAGAGCUGACUGAACCAUAGAACUUCAUGGAAAAGGAGGAUUUGGACUGUUGCCUAAGUGGCUACCUGAACUAGCCCGGUUCUGGUCCCUUUUUUUGGUCCGCACGUCGACUUGUGAGCAACACCACUAAAUGACUGUCAACUCCAGUGUGGUCUCGCUGGGUAGCUCUACAAAUUUCCUGCUAACUUAUUGUUUUCAGUCUCAACACUGGUCUUAAAGGGGGUGUCUCUGACCUCUCUGAUCUCCCACCUUGAAAGCCUAUUUCCACUCCCUCCAUGCCUGCCCACUGGAAGGACUGACUGACUUAAAUUCGAAAGGACUGGAAUAGACGUUAAGUUGCCCAAACACCUCUCACAUGAAUAACCCCCCCAUCCCACUCUACCUGCCUUUGGUUUCCCUCGAAUGGCUGUGUAGUCCCUUCAUUAUACUGGAUACAGGGGGUGGAGGCUGACAUGGGAAUGACUAUAAUUUGGUUGUUGUUGUUGUUUAACAGUUUGCCUAGCUGUACAAAAUCCUUGAUUUUUUUUUUUGUUGAUAUUAAACAUUUUGUUUGUGAUUGCAGAAUUUGAAAGUCACAGAGCAAUAUGUGAGCGAGGCUGUUUAUCACAGAUGGCACCUGGUUUGACAUUUUUCAUGACCUGCCUGACGUAGUGGGAUUUUGGAAUACAAAUGCUAAAUGGAGAAUAUAAAGAUGAAUUUCCAGAAUGCAGCUGCCUUCUCUCCUUACAGAUGUUUGCUUUGCUACAGUAAGAGUUGUCUUUGUGGAAUAAUAAUAGUAAUGGCUAGUGUACGUAGGUUCUGGUGCAAUAGGAUUCUUUACUGUCCAAUUUACACAAAGUAUUGGGAAUUAACCAUCUCUCAUUACUACUUGUUUUUACUUUGGUUUAGGAAGGAGGGGUACUGUGCAUGAAAAUGUGGUUGCCUGUAGAAAUAAGAGGAAAAGCCUGCACCUGUACUGCGAUGCAAUGACGGGUUAUGGUUUUAGACAAAAUGACAACCAGUUGAUUUCUUGAAUUUAAUUUCAGUAACUGUACAACUCUUAUUUACUACAUGGUGAUAACGGCUAUUUUUAGAUUGCAAGAUUCACUCCUUAAAGAUAAUAAGGCUCAGGAAUCAGGGUCCAGGGAAAGUCUCAUCUAACAGUCCUGGAAAACCUGGCUUUGCAGAUAGUAAUGCAAAAGUCCUGCCUCAGAUUCAAACUUUAGUUUUUCCACACACCAUACUGUCCUCAAAGUACUCAUCUUUCUGUGCCACCUCAGCUCUACAAUAACAGGUCAGGUGCUAAUCAUGUCAUAACCAUAUUUACUGUAUAUGUGGGACUAUUGUGUGUAACAGGUGAGGGAUAUUUGGUUAUGGGAGUGCAUCGCUUUGUUUCUUAAUACUGACCCAGCUUGUGCUCUCCACAACUGCAUUAAUUUGCUGCCUAAAUUAAAAAAAAAAGACUGCUCCGUGUUUACUUUGCCUUAUCUGUUAGCUAGUUUGUACCUUAUGUAUGCAGCGAGCUCUACCUGAGAAGAUUAUGUGUUCUGUGAGCUGCAUUGUUUUGUUUGUUUGAUUAUGUGUGCAAACUAAAAACAUAUAUAAAAGUGAGUUGAGUUUAGACAUGUGCUGUAUAGAAAUUGAAAGACAAGGCAAGACCCUGAACACACUACACUGAUUUCUUUUGUUUAAUGUUUUGUUUUUUUUAAAGGGGUUUCUGUAAUGACGUGCAUCUGAAUGUGAUUCUGUUUAACAAGACUGAAAAACAACACCGUUUAAGAGCCCAGUAUAAGCCCAGUUGUCUUAGUCUCAUGUUCCUGUGAAGUUUCAUUCCAAAUACAGUGGAACAUGUGAUGGUGAUUACUAGAAAUUGUUACUUUAAAUCCAAAUUAUACUUGAACAAUUCAGAAAAUUGGUCAUGUAUGGAGAUCCAGACACUACAGGCAGGUUUUGACAACAGGCUUCAGAUGCAAACCUCAAAGACAUCCCGGACCUCUUCCAUGAAAGACGUCAAAUGUUUUUUUUUUGCUUCCUGUCAAGCAAAAGAAAUUGUUUAUUUUUGACCUAAUUGAUUUUAUACAGUUAAAGCGACUCUUUUUCACUCAUAGCAUGGCUUAAAGAAAUAUGAUCAGUCUAGUUACUGGGCGGAUGGUAGUGGUCAAGUUGUUCUCAUCAGUUAAGUGUUCAAUUCUCUGCUUGGAGUAAAGGAUAUGAACUGUGAAUGUGUUUGAGUCUUUAGAUAUUGUUUAAAAGAAGCCUUGUGUUUAAAAUGUUGCAUAUUGAAAUAAUACAGGAGUUGAUCCUUGGUCCCAUUGUUGGCUGUAUUGUUCCUAACUUUUAUUUUUCACCCUCUGUACCUUUUUAUGGAAAAAAAGAGUGUUGCGUUUGUAACCUGUAAUUACAGUCCUAAUAGUAUGCUUGUCCUCUCCCUGUCAAUCUUUAAACCUUACAUCCAUGGUAAUGCAUAGAAUUCCACUAAUCUAUGUAUUCAAAUUCCUGUUUCAUUAGAAUAUUGGCGUCAUUUUGCCACAGGGAUACUCCAGCCAGCAAACCACAAGUAUACAUGUCAGAAAACCUGGUGAGCAUGACGAAGACUGUACGGACCAUUGGGAGUUUUGCACAAGGAUACAGUGGGCUCAAGGGCUUGUUUCUCCCUAGCAAACUGGAUGGAGGUGUCGAAAGAAUUUGUGAAAAUGUCAACUGUUUAGCUAUUUAAAAUGUAUUUACUCUUUGAAAAUGUGGCAAAUGUAUUGCAGGACAGGAAUAAAGAUGUCAAGAUGAAA